AUGACACACUUCUCGAGACUAAAGAAGAAUAAAAGUAAUGACAUUCUCCGCCGUCAAGUUUUGAUGCGAAUUCAUUAUUCCAAACCCUUUUCAACAACGCUUGCAUUUACGCUUACAAUGCUUCUAAUAAUACUCUCAUCAUUAACCUCCGAAAGUGCUGCUUUGGAUGUUACUGUUGCUAAUAAUAAUACUAGUUUCAACAGUAGUGACGGUAGCAUUAGUAGUAAUAACAGUAGUUAUAUUGGAUAUUUAAGUAAUUCAGGCAAAAACAUAAUACUUGACCUUGUCAACAAUCCAGUUCCACUUUCUCUAUGGAACAGCCCUCCCUCGAAUUCGAAUGGCUGGAUUGCACUGUUCGAUUGUGAUCAACCAUCUACCGCAUCUACUGUACUUACUGCCAUAACACAAUCUUUAAGUAAUAAUCCUCCUCCAAAAGCAAUUGUAUUCGAUAACGGAUCGUGUCUCCCCACUAAUGUACAAAACUCUACGGAUCAGGUGCCAAUCUUUGAAACAGAAAAAUCAGAAAAUUUAAUAAAUAUGCUUAAUCAAACCUUAUUUAUUCCCAAUCGUACUUCCGCACAACCUAAUGACAAAGUAUUAUAUGCUGUUUCCGGGGUGGUACUUGGUUUAUUCUUUAUUGUUGUGGUAACGAAUGUAAUAAAGAAUCGACUACGUCCUUCGCGUACUGGUAUUGCAGUUAGUGUUUAUUUGUUUUCGCUUGGUGGCGUUAAUGCUGUUGGAACUGCUAAUGAAUCGGAAAAAGAGCCAAAAGAUGAAAUUGAUAUCGAGAAAGAUGAUGAUGGUCUGAGAUAUAUGGCUGUUCCUGCGCCGGAAGAUUAUGAAUCAGAGGAAACUGCUAAAGUUUCUUCGGUUAAUGAGAUUAAUACGACCAACGUUGAAAAUUCAUCGAAAACCGGCUCAAUAUCUACUCUUUCUGGGUCAGCAUUGUCUAACCAUGUGACUGAAGAACAAUUGACUUGUCCCAUUUGCUUGGGUGAUUUUGAGUCUGGCGAAGAAUUACGUGUUUUACCGUGUCAUCAUCAAUAUCAUACAUCAUGCAUCGAUCCAUGGCUACUAGAUAUUUCCCCAUUAUGUCCAAUGUGCAAAGCAGACUUCACUACAUGGAACAUCGACGUAUCCGCACAACAAGGUAGCGUCGAUGAUCCAUCAAUAUCCACCACCUCAGUAAAUUCAUCUGCUGCUACAGAAAUUCCACAACAACAGUCACCUAUCGACAGCGACGCAAUAUCACAAAUUUCCUCAAUAGAUGACUCACCGCACGCAUUCCCGCAUUUCCGAUGGAUAAAAUAUCUAACAGCUAUUCGUCGUGCUGGCGGAAGACGCAAUCGACGAAGAAGUCGACGACCGAAUGCUAGAAAUUCCGCACAAUCUAGAAUUCAACGACAGCAUCAACGUCAGCAGUCAAGUGAUACUGCUGGAGGCAGCGGCGGUGUUGUUGAUUUGUCUUUAAAUCGUGCUAGUAUGUAA